AUGCCGCCGCCGCCACGGCCGCUGUCCUCCUUGCUUUGCGCCCUGCUGCUGUUGCUGCUGCCGCCUGGAGGGGCGGAGGCGGCCGUGCCCCUGGAGGACUUCUACCCCUUCGGCCCGGAGCGGGGGGACGCGCAGACGGUGGCCCAGGACGACGGAGGCUCGGGACUCCUUGACAUCUCGGUGGCGUUCCCCUUCUUUGGAGACAAGCACACGGGACUCUAUGUGAACAACAACGGCCUGGUGUCUUUCCUUCGGGAGGUGUCCCAGUUCACCCCCGUGGCAUUCCCCAUCGCCGGGGACCGCCGAGUCGUGGCGCCUUUCUGGGCCGACGUGGACAACCGGCGGGCGGGGCGCGUCUUCUACCGACAGAGCCGCGAGCCGCUCACCCUCCGCCGGGCGUCCUCCGACAUCCGAAUGUACUUCUCAGACCUACCUGACUUCAACGCCACCUGGGUGCUCGUCUCCACCUGGCACCAAGUCACUUUUUAUGGCGGCAGUUCUACCACGCCGGUGAACACAUUCCAAGUGGUGCUCAUCACGGAUGGCGAGCUCUCGUUUACCAUCUUCCAGUACAACAACAUCACCUGGACCACCGGAAGGCACGCCAGUAGCGGGGGGGACGCAAAUGGCCUGGGAGGCAUUGCAGCGCAGGCAGGUUUUAACGCCGGCGACGGUAAAAGGUACUUCAACAUUCCCGGCUCGCGCACCCAAGACGUGGCCCAGGUGGAGACCACCACCAACGUGGGCUUCCCGGGCCGCUGGGUUUUUCGCAUCGACCACAUCAACGUGGAGGUGGGCGGCUGCAAUAACUCAGGGUCGGUGUGCCCGCACCUGAGGCCUUGCCUUAACGGAGGCCGCUGCAUCGACGAUUGCAUCACUGGAAAUCCUUCGUUCACUUGCUCCUGCUUGUCGGGCUUCACCGGACGCCGAUGCCAGAUCAAUGUGGACGAGUGCGCUUCGUUUCCCUGUCAGAACGGAGGAACGUGUCAAGACCACGUCAACAAUUUCACCUGCCAGUGUCCACCUGGAUACACUGGCUCUCUGUGUGAAACAGAUGUGGAUGAGUGCAGGGACGGGCCGUGCCUCAACGGCGCUCUGUGCGUGCAGACUGCUGACAAUUUCACCUGCGUGUGCCAGCCGGGCUACACUGGCGUGCUGUGCCAGACAGAAAUGGACAAGUGCGACUCGCGGCCCUGCUUGAACGGAGGCCAGUGCGUCAAUCGCGCCUUCAACUUUACCUGUCUUUGUCCCGCUCCAUUCACAGGAGUCGUCUGUGAGUCAGAGCUAAUGGAGCUUCAAUUCAAUUCAACCGAGUCCAAAAACCAAACUGCCAAGAACAGGAUCUGCCAAUCGGACGGCGACUCCGGCGCACACCGGUGCUCGUGUGCUCCGGGAUACUACGGCGACAUGUGCCAAGAGCAAUGUCUGUGUCAGAACGGCGGCGUCUGCGCGGAUAGCAACGGGACGUGCAGAUGUCCCGCCUCCUACACGGGGCUCUACUGCCAAUUCGAGGUGACGCAGACGCCGUGCAACAACAAUCAUCCGUGUCCCGACGGGGGUCCGUGUUUGGAAUACGGCGGUGCGUACCUGUGCACGUGUCAGACCAGCGCUGCAGAACUGGACCAGCAGGACUUUUACCCUUAUGUACAGCCCCAAUCCGUCUGCGACUCGAGCCCGUGUCUCAACGGCGGCUACUGCUACGAGCGCGACGGCGGCUACACGUGCCAGUGCACCCACGGACACUGGGGCAAGCACUGCGAGAAAGUGCGACUCAAUACGUGCGCCUCCGGUCCGUGUCGCAACGGGGGCUCGUGCAGGGAGGAAGCGGGCAGCUACAGAUGUGUGUGCCCAUACAGGUUCACCGGAAAGCACUGUGAAGUGGGGAAGCCAGAUCCGUGCGCAUCCAGUCCUUGCGUGAAUGGAGGGACGUGCUUCCACUACAUCGGGAAGUACAAGUGCGAGUGCACCGACUUCUUCACCGGAAGACACUGUGAGGUCAACACUGCCACGCACCGUCACGCAGAGAUGGGUUGCGGGCCGCCGCCGCAGGUGGAGCACGCCGACGUUCAGUUCUUGUCCACCUUGCCGGGAUCGCUGGCCGUUUAUCUGUGCCAGGCGGGAUACGUGGCGGUGCCCAGAGCCACGCAAAGUGUCUGCGGCGUCCAGGGCGACUGGAGCCAGCCUCCCGUCUGCGAAGAACUCAACGGCUGCUUGUCUGAGCCGUGCCUCAACGGCGGGACGUGUCGCAACCACGGAGGCUCUUACGUCUGCGACUGUGAGCAAGGCUAUAAUGGAAACCAAUGUCAGACAGACGUCAACGAGUGCUUGUCGGAGCCGUGCAAGAACGGAGGAACCUGCGAGAACCAGCCGGGGUCCUAUUUGUGUCGCUGUCCGGUGGGCCUCAAAGGACGCCACUGCCAAACGGAGCAGGACAGCUGCGAGUCCAACCCGUGUCUGAACGGCGGCGUGUGUCGUGCCUCCAAGCGGACGUACGCGUGCACAUGCAAGGAUGGCUUCUUCGGCGACCGGUGCCAGAUGUUGGAGGACCCCUGCGUGCUGCACCCUUGCGGGAGCAGGGGUGAAUGCAGAAGUGACAGAAGAGGCAACUACGACUGCGUGUGCAAAGCCGGACACACGGGGAAAGACUGUGAGAAAGAUCUGCUGCCCCCCUCCGGCCUGCACGUGCAGCGUGUGGAAGAGAGCGAGUUGGAGCUACGCUGGGACCAGCCGGAGGCGUCCUCUACGGCGUGGCUGAGCGGCUUCGUGGUGACGUACGCGCCGCACGGCCGCGGAGGCGCCCGCAAGGUGGACUUUCUGGACCGGCAGAGCCGACGGCACGUGCUGCGAAGUCUGGUGCCCGGCCUGCUCUACAACAUCUCCACCUACUCCAUCAAGCGCAACGCCAACAGCGACCACGUCAGCAGGCCAGCCACCGCUCUCAUACGCACCAGGCCUCGGCGGGUGGAGCAUCUUCAGGCGCUGAACGUGACGGCGUAUGACGCGCGGCUGAGCUGGAGCCUCAACCUCAAGGCCGCUCGACACGCGCCCGUCAGCAGGAUUCGAGUCACGCUAACGUCUGAGGACGGUGGUCAAACGCAGACAGUCCUGCUCAACACCACCACCAGCGAACUUGCCUUCAGUUCUCUGCUUCCUGCCCACAAGUACACGGUGGACGUGUUGGCGCAAAGUGGACUCAGACCCGAUGAGUUUCCCUCCACAAGCCACUCGGCAGGACCCUUGCACUUUUGGACACGGCCAUCCCCCCCACAGAACUUGUCGCUGGCCCACGUGACCGCCAACUCGGCCGCCAUCACCUGGACCCGCCACCCGGGGCUGGUUUCGGACGGCUUUGUGGUGAACGUGACGCGAGGGCUGACCACCAGGAGCCGCUUUCUCCCCGGCGGCCUGGUGGGCUCGUACACGCUCCGAGAACUGACGCCGGCUCAGCUCUACCGCCUCGCCCUCACCUCCGUCAAGAAGGUGGGACAGGAGCAGAUCCACAGCCAGCCUCAGUACCUGGACUUCACCACCUUGCCGAUGGAAGCCAGGCCCGGAAGAAGAGAACGACCGAUCAAGGAAGGACGAAGGCUGUCUCAGCCUCAGAACCAGGGAGGUGGCGCGGAACCAAGAUACACUGAACUGAUUGACAGGAGAGCAAAGAUCACAGCCAAGUUCACACACUUGCCAAGAAAAGCCGUUCGACAUCGGCCCAGUAAGCAAAAAGCCCAGCCGCCGGUUCGAUUGGAGAGGAUGGAGGAGACCACAAACAAAAUCAGCCUGGCGCUGGAGAUUCAAGAGGAGACCACAUCCGGGGCGAAACUCGAGUCGCCUCAGGACUGUCUCACUUUGACCUGCCUGAAUGGCGGCACAUGCAGAAAUGACGGUGGCGACUCGCACGUCUGCGACUGCACCACUGGGUUCAAAGGUGGACAGUGUGAAUUGUCGUGCCAGCGAGUGCCUCACCCGUGCACCCGCCUCUACUCCGAGACAAAGAGCGAGCCCGUGUGGGAGGGCGACGUCUGCCAUUACGUGUACAAAAGAAUCUAUAAGGUUCAACAGGAUGUUUGCUACCAAGAAGUUUGCGAAUCGACGCUUCAGAAGAAAAGUCAGGUAACAGUCAGAAGAACAAGCAGACAACAGUGAAGAACAUUUGGAGGCCAGCACAAGGACCGUACCUAUGGAAAUGUCCAUGUUGGUGUCAAUAAUGUCCGUGAACUAGCUGGUUGAAAGAUAAGAUAAGACGAGGUUCCGCUGGUGUUUGUGAUGGACAUCCUGUAUCAUUUCAGGCUCCAGAACUCUGACAACCUCCUUGCGAAUUGCAAGAAUUCAUCUCUCCCUAUCUCUGAUGAUGGCGCAGUGUUUUCUUUGUAAAAUAGCUUGAUUAUUAUUGUUAUUAUUAUUUGUGUUAUUUUUAUGUAUUAGCAGGCAUCGCUGCUCGUUAUGCUGUACAUAGUGUUCAUAGGCCAAUUUUGUAGGUGAAUAUUUUAAUAAUAAAAAUGUUAAAAUGUC